AUGGAACCACUCCUCGACGAAAUGCCCUAUCCCAGUCGCCUGGGGCAUGACCGCCCGGCCGUCUACCAAAACUACCGUAAUCCGGAAUCCUCCUCCCACACCUUGAAUCCCACUUUGAACAGCCAGGUGGCGGAUCUGGGGCCUUCUCAGUUGCAUCCGGGCAAUUUGCCCCACAUGGCGCCCGGUGUGCUCCACAAUCCGCCGCCAGGCAGCCUUGAAGGCUCGCUGACGCCGACGCUGGCGUCCAACUUGCCCAACAACACAAAUAACAUGCCCAAUGCCUUGGGCCAAUCCAGCAUGGGUGCUGCCGAAAUGGCCCCCAACAACAAUAACAACAACAAUAACAGUAACGCCCUUGCACUGGCGGCCAAUUCCACUUCCCAAAACAACAAUAGUACGCCGUCCAACCCGCCCGCGUCGCAGGCUCCUCCGUCGAGCUCCUCCAGCGGCAUCAAUAGCUCCAAUAGCAUGCCGCUACCGGCCAACCCGACCAACCCCAUUGGCCUCCAGAGCCUCCCGGGCCCGGUUCCGGGCGCUCUUCCCAACCCCAGUGUGCCCCAGAUGGGCUACUACGAAGAAGGCGCUUUUCCCGCUGUCUACGAGCCCCAGCCGCUCUACAGACCCUACGAGUACUACCACAACGGGCCGCAGGCGGCCGGCUCUUCGUCUGUUUCGGGGCCUCUGCUGUUCCACAAUUCGUCGCUGGUGCUCCUGGCGACGCUGCAGCCUUCGUCCAGUUCGUCAUACAUUAAGAAUGAAAUGUACAUGCCGCAGAAUUACCAGGGCCAGCAGCUGCCGGGCUACAAUUACCAGCAGUACCCGUACCGCCAGAGCUCGUCUUUCAGUGGAUACUCCAACACGGCGCCGCCUGAAACGGGUCGCAACCGGUGUCCCGUGUGCCACAAGGUGUUCAAGAGGCCGUCGUCGUUGCAGAUACACUUUUACAUACACACGGGCGUGAAAAUGUUCAAAUGCGAGUGGGAGGGCUGUGGCCGCAUGUUCAAUGUCAAGUCGAACAUGAAGCGCCACUACCGCUUGCACUUGAAGAAGGAGGAGGAGAAGCGCCUCGCUGAACAGUAG